AUGGCAUCCGGACGCAAUGCCUUCGCCUCUCCUGACCCCUCAAGUCGCAGCUUGCUUGACCGCAGACAUUCGAGCGACCAGUCAAGGACGAGCCAGCCUACGUUGUCUCGAAGCAGCAGCAAUGCUUCCGGGACUUCGCGCAAAUCGGAGCCCGGCUGGCUGACUGCAAUGAAUGGGGUGGAUCGCAGCCGCGCAGGCUCUGCGCCUGAGAACUCUUCCGGGAAGUCCCCUAGCGGCUUCAGCAAGUUAUUUGGGAAGAAGAAAGAGAAGAAAGACACGGAGCACAACAUCAUCACAUCCAAACAUGCCGCCGCGGUGAAAACCAAACUGGCGCUGGACCCUAAGUUCAAGGACGUGCGAAGGGGGUCCGCUCCCGCGUACGUGUCGAGCGCGACGCAGAACAACUUGUUGAUCAGUGCUGGGGCGCAGGAGAUGCGGCAUCCGCAUUCGGGACCGCCGGCUCUGUAUUCACUGAAGGAGAAAGCUGGGCUGCCCAUGCUUACACGUAUUAUCAGCGGCGACGAGGCCGAUGAAUUGGACGAAUGGGAGAAGAUGCGUGACGAGUGGAAGCAGCGGAAAAUUCCGACCCUGGAUGACAAUAUCAUCGAAGGCGUAGCGGUCGGUGGUCGAGACUCGGGGCAAUCAACGCCUGAAGACCAGGACGGGAAAACGAUCGAAAUCCCACCCUCAGAAGUGGUGGAGCGACAAGGUGUGAGGAUGUUGUCCGUUGCGGGCAUGACAGCUGAUGAAUACUCCCCGCGACCAUCGAGGACACAUACACCGAUUGGUGGGCGGUGGAAGAAAGACGAGAAGGGCGUCUGGAAGAGAUGA